AUGCUUCAAUUCCUCCUUCCUGUCGCGCUUCUGCUCUCCAGCGUCUCCAGCGCCCCUACCUCGGAUACCCAAGGUACCGCCAAUACCGCCAUGUCUCCAGCCGCGGUACCAAAUCUAUGCAAACCGCCCAACCCCGACGGCGCAAACACGUACAUCUACUACGACAUGAACUCCCACUGUCAGCAAACUGGAAAUUGCAAGGAAGCGUGUGUCUCGUUCAUCCAGAGCACUGCCUGCGCCCGCGACUUCGAUGCCGUCGACACCACGUAUGUGCAGCUGGCUACGUAUGACCAAAUCAAGAAAGAUGGCCAAUGGGAGACGUCCCGAAGAGGGCCGUGGUUGGCCAGCUUUAGUCUCUUCACUACGGCUUUCCCCAACCGACAGGCUGGAAACACAUUCGACACGGCCCUCACCAGAUACAUGAAUGCCGGUUAUCCCUUGCCUCUCAACAUCUACUUCAAUGAGAUACCUGUUGGAAGCAACCAAGUCUUCGGAAUGGAAGCUAGGCGCGACAACUGCCAGUAA